AAAAAUAUAUGAAUAAAAAUAUGACAACCCUGAAAUGCAGAGAGAAAAAUAUAGAUCAUAGUUGCAAACAUUUUACAGAGCCAUAAGCCUAUUUGUCCAACAGUUGCACAUGCCUUCCCAUCAAAUUCUACUUGUGGUCUUGGAAGAUCAGCAAAGCUUAACGACAUGGAAGAACAUGAAUCAAAUUGUCUCAAAGGUGAGAUCUAUGUGUAGACAUAAUCCUAUAGGAUAAAAAUAGGUCUAGUUCCUUUGUUCUUCUCCUCCUUUUUUCCGCUCUCUUCCUCUCCAUCUUUUAGUGGGUAGUCCCAAAUUCGUAUUGAACCAAGUUAAUUGAAGUAAAUCAAAGAGGAAGAAGAAAAAAACAAAACAGAGAAUUAAACAAAAACCUGCUACCCCCAAACAAGAUAAGCAUCAGACAAGUUUAAUAAAUUCACAAGUUUCAUCAAUUCACCCAUGCCGAAAUGAUGAACAUUUAGUAUGCUUUUAUUUCAGCAAUUAUUUGUGUUGUUUAAUGGAUGUGUCUAAGCGUUAUAUAUAGUUAUCAAUACUACCAUUUAUGCUAGUGUUGAAUAGGCUAAAUUUCCUCUAAAUAGAAGGUCUCAAACAAUUAAAAAUACAUCAUUCCACAAAAGGUCACAACAUAAUAAUUGAUAUUGAAAUCAGCUAGAUAUUCCAUAUAAGGCAUAAAAAUCACCUACACUUACAUAAAGAUUUCAAACACUCAGUGAAUAACAAUAAAUAAUCUCCAUUCUUUCUCUGUUCUAACUUUAAAAAAGAAUAUAAUGGAGAUGAAUAAAAAAUCAACUGGUGCUUACAUCUGAUUUUGGCAAUAGAAUCAUCAUUAAUUAAGAGUCAAGACCAGAGAACCAUCCCUUAUUUUCUUGCUUCCAAGUGCUGAAAUCGGCAUUUACUCACAAGAAAAAUUAUGCGAUUGAUGCGGCAGCAUAUUGCAGGGAGCUAGAUGGAGACAGUAUUUUAUGAACAGAAAAACUAACUUUUCUAUGAUACAUAAAAAAUUACCUGCUUAGGGAACAUACAUUAAGCUAGAAUUUUAAAACUCCAGAUUAAACAAAGCUGUAGGUUAUAGGAAUAAAUUGUUUUUUACAUAUAUUCAAUGAUUAUCAGCUUCCACUAUUGUCAUCUAACAUGGAAAUUUGUUGGCCAGAUAAAGAAAAAGCUCUCAAUGUUUACAUAUAAACUGAAAGUUCCAAGCAGAUAGAAAAUUGAAUAUAUAAUUUGGAAACAGAAAAGGCUUAUCCAAUUUAAAUCACUAAAUCAAAUAUUAUAAUAGCAACAAAGCAACUUGUAGAAUCAAAUAUCUUAGUGUUUGUCUAUUUCAUGUUGCCAUGUAGCACCAUCCCAAUAAUCAACUCACAUAUCUCCCCGGUAUUCAUGCACACUCAAGUCAAUGCUCAUUCUCACAACUUGAGUUGGCUAUUGGAAACAUUGAAAGACAACACAUGAGGUGUAGAUUUCUUAAUCUAAUGUAAACAUCCAUAGCUAUAACCUUAUAAAAUAUAAAACAUAAUUUUUUUAGAAUUCACUAUUUUGGCAAUUUUCAAUGUCAAUUCAUCUGUAAUUUUAUUUUUGUCCUUUAAAUUCAAUAAAUCAACGUGAAGACUUGUAACCAUUUAACAAUCAUGUAAGAACACCUAAAGUUUCAUUAAACUUAAAACAGGAACAAAAGUUACUUAAACUUUUGUUGGGAAAAUGCAAGGAUGUAAUGAACAUAAUUCAUAGCUUUAAAAAGCCUAAAAUCUGCAUAUUUUCUUAUAAUUGUCACAUCAUGAAUUGAAUAGAAAGAGAUUAAGAAAGAGAUUAAGAAAGAGUUAAAUGUUGAAAACCUGCUUAACCAAGACAACUUGAGCAACCAAAAGUACAGCAAAGACUGGAGAAGUUUUUUGGAGAAGAUAAGCACAGCACCUGAGAAGUAUGAUUGCAAUCAAAGUCUUUCAAAAGCUAGUCUCCAAAAAAACUAGUGUUCUGCUUGAUUGCUUUCUCCAAUGCUUCUAACUGAUAGCUAGAAUUAUAAAGAACCCAUUACAAA